UACAGAUUAAAGAAGGAAGUUACAAGGGCUAUAGUCACCAAAGAGUCCAUGGCUUUUCAUUGGCCAAGUCCUUUCCAGGAAAGAAGAGAGUCUUUCUUCUUCCUUUUGGAUACUGUUAUUGUCUCAGGUUCCCAUGGUAGCAGCAGCAUUUAUGGUCCCUGGACAGGCUCAGAGUCUUGUGAUGACUGCGGUUGGAGCGUGAAGAGAGGCCAUGUGAUCUUUGAGGAUGUGGCUGUGUCCUUCUCCCAGGAGGAGUGGGGUCUCCUUAACGAUGCUCAGAGACUCCUCUACUGUGACGUGAUGCUGGAGAACCUGUCACUUAUAGCCUCUCUGGGGUGUUGGCGUGCAGUAGGUACUGAGGAAGCUGCUUCUGAACAAUGUGUUUCUGUAGAACAAGUGACACAAGACAGGAAUCCAAAUCCAGACCUAUCUAUCCUGAAGACUCUUACUUCAGAUACAGGUGCCCUGGGAGAGAAAGACGUUUUGUACCUGGCUGAGCACCAAGGAGUGCAUCCUGGGCUGAAACCGUCCUCUUCUGGGGCUUGUGGGAAAAUGUUCACUUCUCACCUACAACAGCACCAGAAGCAGCCCAGUGGAGAGAAACACCUCAGAAGGGAAGAGAACGGGGCCUUGCUUGUGACGAGCUGCAAAGUCUUUUUACCCAACAAUAUGUUCGCAUGUGGAGAGGUUGAGAAGGCUUUCCUAGGCAGCUUGGGCUUUCCCCAGCACCAGCCCUCCCACGAUGGACAGCAUCCACGUAGAAGCAGGCAGAGCAGGGAGGUCUCUCACCCUGGGCAAGGGCAUUACGAGUGCAGCGAAUGUGGCAAAGCCUUCAGUAAGAAGUAUAAAUUCACGGAGCACCUGAGAGUUCACACUGGAGAAAAACCUUAUGGGUGCAGCGACUGCGGGAAGUUCUUCAGACUCAGGGGGGGUCUUUCUCAUCAUCGGAGAGUUCACACAGGAGAAAAGCCUUUUGAUUGCAGUAAAUGUGGGAAAGUCUUCAUCUACAAAUGUAAACUUGUUCAGCACCAAAGAGUCCACACUGGAGAAAGACCCUAUGAGUGUAAUGAAUGUGGGAAAGCCUAUGCCCGCAAGGAUUCACUUGUCCAGCACCAAAAGGUCCACACUGGAGAGAAACCUCAUAAAUGCAGUGAAUGUGGGAAGCUCUUCCUUUACAGAAAUAAACUUCUUGUGCACCAGAGGAUCCAUACUGGAGAAAAGCCUUUUAAGUGCACCGAAUGUGGGAAGUCCUUCAGUUAUAAAACCAGUCUUAUUAUCCACCAGAGAACCCACACUGGAGAAAGGCCUCAUAUGUGCAGUGAGUGUGGGAAAGCCUAUGUCAACAAAAAAAGUCUUAUUGUACACCAGAGAAUUCACAAUGGAGAAAAAGUUUAUGGGUGUAAGAAAUGUGGGAACUUCUUUAUAAGCAGCUUUGCCCUCAAUAAACACCAGAAUGUUCACACUGCACAAAGGCAUUAUGAGUGCAGCGAAUGUGGGAAAGCUUUCAAGAGGAAAAUCAGACUUGCUGAGCACCAGAGAAUCCACACUGGAGAAAGACCCUAUGAGUGUAAUGAAUGUGGGAAAGCCUUCAAGCUAAAGAAUACACUUGUUAGCCACCGAAAUGUCCACACUAGAGCAAAGCCUUUUCAGUGCAGUGAAUGUGGGAAGCCCUACAGUAACAAAACAAGUCUUGUUGUCCACCAGAGAAUCCACACUGGAGUAAAGCCUUUUCAGUGCAAUGAAUGUGGGAAGCCUUACAGUUACAGAACAAGUCUUAUUGUCCACCAGAGAAUCCACACUGGAGAAAGGCCUUAUGAGUGUAGUUCUUUGUAUGUAGCUCCAAGCUCAUAAAAAAGAGGAAAGUUCACACUGGAGAAAUGCUUUCUGGACUUAUGUGUUCCUUCACUUGAGUUAAUAUCUAGCACCACAAUUCCUGUGUUGUAGAGUAGGUGAAUGUCUAACUUAUGUGGGGUCAAACUUUUUAAAGUGAUAGUAUCCUUUUACAGUAUCGCCAGAAACAUCAGAACCCAAGUUCCCAUUCUUUCCAUUCUUACCAACACUUGGUACGUGCAGGCUUUCUAAUUUUUGUGACAUCAUAGGUGUAUAGUGGUAUCAAGUGAUUUUAAUUUGCAUUUCUCUAAUGACAUGAUGCUGGGUGGUCUUCCAUGUGUUAAUUUCCAGCCAUAUAUUGUUAUUGAAAUUUCUGUUCAUUUGAUUUGUUGUUCUAAUUACUGAGUUUUGACAUUUCUUCAUGAAUUAUUGAUUAAGGUCCUCUAAUGGAAAUACUUAGCAAUACAUUCUUCCAGAAUUGGUCUUGUCUUUUCAAUCACUUUUCGGAGAAAAAGUUCUUACUUUUAGUGUAGUCUAAUUUGUCCAUUUAUUCUUAUACUUUUUCCCUUGUUUCCUCCUGUAACUUUUAUGGUUUAGGGUUUUUAUUGAUGUAAAUGAAUCAUUUUCAAUUAAUUGUGGAAGUUAUUUUUUAAAAUAUAGAUACCCAAUUGCUGCAGUGAUACUGAUUUAAAAGAUUAUACCUUUUCCCCUGAAUUGUUUAGUAUCUUCAUCGAAGGUCAGUCAUUUAUGUAUAUGUUUAUUUCUGGAAUUUCUAUUCUGUUGCAUUUAUCUACUUUAUUUAUGCCAGUAUUUUCAUGUAUUAACUAAUUUGUUUUUAUAGUAUGUCUUGAAAUCAAGGUUGUAUACUCCUUUGACUUUCUUUUUUUUUCAGUCAUUAUAGCCUUUCUUGGUUCUUUGCCUUUCCAUAUGAAGUUUAGAAUCCACUUUUCAGCUUAUACAGCACAAAAAAUCCUACUAGGAGUUUCACUGGGAUUGCAUUUAGUCUUCAAUUUAUUUUUAUUUUUAUUUUUAUUUUUAUUUUUUGGCUGUUCUGCGCAGCUUAUGGGAUCUUAGUUCCCUGAUCAGCAACUGAACCCGGGCCAGGGCAGUGAAAGCGCCGAGUCCUAACCACUGGACCUCCAGGGAAUUCUCCUAAUCUUCAGUUUAGAAAGAAGUACUGAGUGUCCCAAUCCAUAAACAUGAUACAUCUUCUUUUAUGUAGAUCUUAUUUAAUUUUGGAUGGAAAUGUUUUUAGAUUUCUUUUUAUAGGUCUUGCAUAUGUAUUUUCUACAUCUGAUAAUAUUGUGAAUGGGAAUUAAAAAAAUUUUUUUUCUUUGUGAAAUGUUCAGUGCUAGUACACUAAGAGAGAUAUCAAACUACGGAUAGAAGCAAGCCUUCUUAAUCCUACAACAUCUACAAAGAGCUAUUAGAAAUACUAUACCUUGGAACCAUUAUUAAACUAUUGCCAUUAGAAUAAAAGGAGGACAGCUGCUCAUUGUUCUCUUAUUCAGUA